ACACGGCUCAUCAGUAGUCGAUUUUAGCCUGCUUCCUGUUUUCGCAGUGUCACAGUCUGUUGGCGCGUAACACUCACACUUGCAUGUCACCCCGCGGAAGUCGCUCAGCCCCGGCGACUCACCACCGGCAGGCCUUUCCUCUCACCGACUGAGCAUCGCUCCUUGAGCCGUGUUGGGGUGGGUCAAGCUCGGCCACGGAGACGGCAUGGGCCCGGCCCCUCGCUAGCUUCGGUGGCGGAUGACUAGCAGCUACAAAGAGCGAUGAAUAAGCAACCAGCUUGAAUAUUUCUGCGCCUCAAGUUUGCUGUCACAAUGAACGGCACUCUGCAGAGUGAUGCCAAGAGGCAGAACCUCCUGGAGAGGGUGUUGGAUGCUGUUAAGCAAUGCCAAAUCCGCUUUGGAGGAAGAAAAGAAAUUGCGACAGACUCGGACAGCAGGGUGAUCUGUCUUUGUGCCCAGCUUGAAGCUGUGCUGCAGCAUGGCUUGAGGAAGAGCAGAGGUCUCGCCCUCACCGCCGCCGCCCUCAAGCAGGCUGCGGGCUUUAGCAGUAAGGCCGAAGCAGAGUUCACCUUCUGGUUCUACGUGAAGGAGCAUCUCAACAGGCACGAGCUCCAGCGCUUCUACUCACUCCAGCACAUUUCUUCAGAGCUGGGCCGCGGUCGUGCUUGGCUGCGCUGCGCUCUUAACGAGCACUCAUUGGAGCGCUACCUGCACAUGCUGCUGGCUGAUCGACCACGCCUUGGUGCUUACUAUGAAGAAUGGGCUUUUAUGUUCGAUGAAGAGAGAGCCAGCAUGCUUCCCACCAUGGCCGCAGGUUUAAACUCCAUCCUCUUUGCCAUCAAUAUCGACAACAACGACUUGAACGGAGGGCCGUCAAGAGGAGGUGGCUCCACCAUGACGCACCUCCUCAAGGAGUCCACGCAGGGUAUCGGCAGCCUGUGGAAGGAGUCCACACAAGGGGUUAGCACUCUGCUUCGAGAGAUCAGCACCGCCACAGCCGUGGUUCCGGGCUUCAGCCCCAGAGUGGACGGACCCUCUGACCCACUGCCUGUGCUGCCACGCAGCACCUCCGCUGAUUCAGGGCUGAGGAGGGAACGGCGGAGAAAGAAGAAGAUCACUAACAUUAUUUCCUUUGAUGAUGACCUGGAUGGAGGAGCUGAGGACGAAGAAGACGGUGAGGAGGACUUCCAGAAGACUGUGGAGAUGAUGAGCAAGAGUCAGGCCAGUCCUGUUCAGAGCAGCGUGGAGGAAGGGCUUGAUCUCCUGGAGCCGUCCUUCUCUGAGUCGCAAAACGGGCUGGUCGACCCGGGUUCCUUGAGCUGGGUGGGGUCGCCGCGUCCUCCUCGUACGCCGCCCAUGCCUACGCCUCUCCGGCCAGACAGUAAGAGUAUAGAUAACGAAGAGGAAGAGGACGAAGAGGACGAGGAAGAGAAGUACAAACCCAGAAGGCACUUCCAGGAGGAAGAGAGGACCAAUGACCAGAUGCUGGUGGGAAGUCUGUCCAGUGUGUCCACGUGGAGCCCCGUGCAGGUGCUGACGGACCACAGCAGCUCAGACAUCCUCAUCCCCCUCAACGCUGCAACCCCCCAGCCAGUCAACUCCGUGGAGGACUCGGCGGCCUUUCCUGCUCAGUGUGAGUCAGCGCGACCUGCGGAGAGCUGUGAUAGCCUCAGAUCACAGCUCCCACCAAAUAUGGAGUCCAGUCCAUUGGCGCUGUCUUCUCCACUCAGCAGCGGGCUGCCAGCAUCUGCUCUGCCUGAGUCCAUGACAGUCGUGGAGCUGCGUCAGGCUAUUGUAGCCAUGAUGAACAGGAAAGACGAGCUGGAGGAACAAAAUGGGUCUCUUCGCAGCCUGCUGGAUGGGGAAAUGGAGCAUUCAGCAGGUAUGAGGCAGGAAACGGAGCUGCUGAAGACGAAGCUAGCUGAGCUGGAGGAGAGACAUAUGGUUAAGGUCCAGGCACUGGCCAGGGAGAAUGAGGUCCUGAAGGUCCAGUUGAAGAAGUAUGUGGGGGCGGUGCAGAUGCUGAAGAGAGAGGGGAGCCAGGGCAAUGACGGUCUGUCAGUCUUGCAGUUGAGUGAAGAACAUACCCUUGCCCCUCAGAGUAAGUGCAUGGGUGACACUGAGGAGUUGGCAGCCAGCUAUGAACGUAAGCUCAUAGAGGUGGCCGAGAUGCACGGAGAGUUGAUCGAAUUUAAUGAAUCCCUGUAUCGCACCCUCAUGGCCAAAGACCACCUCAUUGUGCAGAUGAGACAGGAACUCAUUGAGCUGAGAGGACCGGUUCCAGGUGAUUUAAGCCAGACAUCAGACGACCCCAGCCUCUCUGAUUUGGAAACGACUCAUCGGGCACUCAUCAACGUGUGGAUCCCUUCUGUGUUCCUGCAGGGCAGAGCCGCUAAUGCCUACCAUGUCUAUCAGGUUUAUAUCCGCAUCCUGGACAACGAGUGGAAUGUGUACAGACGCUACACCGAGUUUAGGGAGCUUCACAAUCGCCUGAGGUCCCAGUUUCCACAGGUGGACACGUUCAACUUCCCACCAAAGAAGGCUAUUGGGAACAAGGAUGCCAAGUUUGUGGAGGAGAGGAGGAAACAGCUGCAGGGUUACCUUCGUAUGGUCAUGAAUAAACUCAUCCAAACGUUGCCAGAGUUCACGGCCUGCCCCACCAAGGAGACCCUGCUGUCUCUGCUGCCUUUCUGUCUGGACACACCUCAGAAUGAGAGCGGAGCCAAGACGCCCCGGUCCAAAACAUCAUCCCGCUUUCCAAGACUCGGUCGCAGCUCCCACCAGGAAGCCAGACCUGAACCGCAGAGUGGCGACCUUUAACUCUCAUAUUCCUUUUUUGUUAUUCAUGAUGGUGAGGACACCUGACUCGGAGGGCAUCUAAUGUAACUUUCUGGCCAGAUAGUCUCAGCCAAGGAGAUAUUUAAAGAUUUCUGAUGCCUGAUUGGAGGAUAGAUGUCAUCGAUGAGGCUGGACCAAAUCGCACAGCACCUCUUACCUACCUGAGAGACGGACUACCUGGACUGCCACUAUGAGAUGCUGGAUUUUAUUUCUUACUAUGCUCAUUUUUGGAGUGUGUGCCUAAAAUGUCUUAUAGCUGCAUCACUGAUAGGGAGGGAGCGGUUCUGUCAACAUCAUGGUGCCAUUUCAUGUUAGCUGUGACUGGUGUGGACCACCAGGUAAUGUAUCCUAUUUCUAUUUUCUUUACGUCUAAAUGGCUGUCAUAAUAAUGUCCAGGUAUAGCUGAGCAAAAACACCUUCAUACUGAAAGAUUAGGGAUCAACACCACUGAGAUGCAUCAAAGACCCUUUGUUUUGGUGUUUUUUUACGUCUCACCGCAUCAUGUAAUGACAAAUUCCAUGUUUAAUGAUUGUUUUACUGUUUCUUAGCAGGAUUUCAUGCAAAUGAAUGUUCAUAACGAAGACUAAACACUUGAAAUGAAGCGGCGCUGCUCGUGAAGAGUGCAAGGAGAGCGCAGCUGAGCCACAAGUGUGUGUAAAACAGAGAAGUCGUACAUAUGUAGAGCUGGCCCCAAGAGGAUCCCCAAACUGUGGAUUAACGAGGACCCAUCGCGUUUCCAAGUAUAUUCUGGGAACCUCGAGCCAAAGUGUUACUUGAGGUGGAAACACUUCUGCCAUGUCUGAGAAGUAUAGAAGACAAGAAAAAGGUGUUUUUUGUACACAGUGUUACUCUUUCAAUUAGCUGCUCAAUAAAAUUGGAAAGAAAAUACGUUGCUUCUUGUCCUUUUUAUUGCUCUCAGGCUAAAAAUGGUAUGUUGCAUGCUACUAUACAACAUUUUUUAAGCCAGGCGUACUAACAAUGGAAGUAAUGACCAUUUCACUUGUGCUCAUUGGCAUUUAGUCGGAAAUUGUACAUAAAGGCGCAUCUAUACUGUAUAUCAUCAAAACGAACCGUUAGACCAGUGGUGCGUGCUGAAAAAGGAUGCGG